GCUGUGCACCGACAGGCUGCAGAAAUGAAGCUGGCUGAAGUUCAGUUUAUUUUGGUUUCCUUCUUCUUCAGCUCAGACGCUCAAAGUGUUUCAGUGAGAGAAGAAAGAGAGGACAGGUGAACAUGCAGCUCCUCCUGGCUCUCUUCUUCCUGCUGGGAAUCCCCAGCGGGGCUCCAGAAAUUCACUCUCUGAAGAUUUUGAUCACUGGAUCAUCUCAAGUUACAAACUUUCCAGAGUUUGUGAUCGUUGGAUUGGUGGAUGAUGUUCAGAUUGCGCACUAUGACAGCAACAACAAGAAAUUAGUUUCCAAACUGGACUGGAUUAAGACAAUCGCAGAAUAUUUUCCAACAUACUUUGUUAGAUACACUGAGCUCUCCAUGGGAAUUCAACAAUUUGUCAAAGGAAACAUUGAGAUCAUGAAGCAGCUCUUCAACCAAAGUGGAGGUGUUCACAUCAAUCAGCGCAUGUCUGGAUGUGAAUGGGACGAUGAAACUGAUGAAGUUAAUGGAUUUUGGCGGUACGGUUAUGAUGGAGAAGAUUUCAUCUCUUUAGACAUGAAGACAGAAACAUUCAUCGCUCCAGUUCAACAGGCUGUUCCCACCAAACAAAAGUUGGAAAAUGACAAAGCUUUCAUAGCACAGCAGAGGUACCACUACACGAAAGAAUGUCCUGAUUGGCUGAAGAAACUUUUGAAGUUUGGUCGGAGCUCACUGAUGAGAAAAGAUCUUCCCUCAGUGUCUCUCCUCCAGAAGACUCCCUCCUCUCCGCUCACCUGCCACGCUACAGGUUUCUACCCCGACAGAGCCGACUUGUUCUGGAAGAAAGACGAGGAGGAGCUCCAUGAGGACGUGGUCAAAGGAGAGAUCCUCCCCAACCAUGACGGGAGCUUCCAGAUGAGCGUUGAUCUGGAUCUUUCAGGGCUCAAAGAUGAAGACUGGGGGAGGUACAGCUGUGUGUUUCAUCUGGCUGGAGGACAGGAAGUCUCCAAGAGACUGGACAAACGGGACAUCAGGACCAACUGGAAGACAAAUGAUGGAGGUCAGAGACUCUUCAUUUCACUCUCAUUCUCUCAUUUGUCACUUCAGGAAAUCAAGUCCAGCAUCAUAGAAUGUGAAGUUGACUUCAGUCCAGAACUUUCCCCUCAUUUCCCAGAGAUCCAAACCUCCAGAGUUCAUCUGGAUUGAUUUCCACAUGUGACUGAGGCCUGGAUCCCAUCUGUCAGUCUGUGAAUGCAGCGUCUUCUUCCUGCUUCCACUGUCCAAAAGCAGAUGGGAUGUGAGCCUCAUGAGAGCAGCAGAUCAGAAUGUGGAGACGUUCCACUGACAGUGUCAAUGCAGCCUCAAUGCAGCCACAGUCAUCUUGUCAGCAGUCUUUGCCGCUCUCUGCAGGCAGCAGUGCUGAUGCAGCUGAUCAGGAUGCUCUCCAUGCUGCAGCUGGAGGAGCUGCUGAGGCUCUUUGGAGACGUCCCACACUUCUC